AUGGCUCUAAUUCCGCCGGUAACACGUCUAUCCUCUUCCAUUAUAAGAAUUUUGGGAUGCAAUCCCGGUCAUAUGACAUUACAGGGUACAAACACCUAUCUCAUAGGAACGGGUAAAAAGCGGAUUUUAAUUGAUACUGGCGACCCAGAUGUACCGGAAUAUAUCAAACACCUAAAUACCGUAUUGAAAGAAGAAAAGGCGUCCAUUGGUACCAUUUUAUUGACACAUUGGCAUCAUGAUCAUGUGGGCGGUGUUAAGGAUGUUUUGAAAAUAUGUGGUGAUAAAGUUAAUCUUCAUAAAGAUUGCCAGGUAUUCAAAUUUCCACGUACCGAUGCCGAAGAUAUCUGCCCCGAAAUACCUAAAGAUAUUAAAGUGGAAAAGUUGCAGGAUCAACAAGUCUUUGAGGUGGAGGGUGGUAAGGUGAAAAUACAUCAUACCCCAGGCCAUACCACAGAUCAUGUGAUCUUGACCACUGAGGAGGGUACCCUGUUUAGUGGUGAUUGUAUAUUGGGUGAGGGUACAGCAGUAUUUGAGGAUCUUUAUGAUUACAUGAAAAGUUUGGAGAAGAUUCUAAACCUCAAACCCUCUGUCAUCUAUCCCGGCCAUGGUAAUAUCAUUGCGGACCCUUUGGAGAAAAUCAAAUACUACAUCAAUCAUCGCAAUCAACGGGAGCAACAAAUAUUCAAUUGUUUUGUUGAACGCAAGGACCAGAAAAUGCAGGCAAUGGAUGUGGUGAAAAUUGUCUAUAAGGAUACACCGGAACAGUUGUGGCCAGCGGCAGCCUAUAAUGUUAGUCAUCAUUUGACCAAACUGCAAAAGGAGGGAAAGCUAAAAAUGUUACCAAAUGCCGAAAAUGACGAUGAUGAUCAUUUUUAUGUGUUCCAAAAAUCUAGCAACUUGUAG